GCGGCCGCUCUAGCCCCCUGCAUCAGUGGUGCUGACGGCGGCGGCCUGGGCGGCGAGCGGCGGCCUCGGCACCGGCGGUGGCGGCGGCGGCGUCAGCGGCGGCCUCGGUUUAGCGGCGGUUCCUGCCCCUUUCCCGCCGCACCAUGCCCACCGUGGAGGAGCUCUACCGCAACUAUGGGAUCCUGGCGGACGCCACCGAGACGGCGGGCCAGCACAAGGAUGCAUACCAGGCUAUCUUGGAUGGUGUGAAAGGAGGUGCCAAGGAGAAGAGGCUUGCAGCCCAGUUUAUCCCUAAGUUCUUCAAGCAUUUUCCUGAGCUGGCUGACUCAGCUAUCAAUGCCCAGCUGGACCUCUGUGAGGAUGAAGAUGUUUCUAUCCGGAGACAAGCAAUCAAGGAAUUGCCUCAGUUUGCCACAGGAGAUAACCUUCCCCGGGUAGCAGAUAUACUUACCCAGCUUCUACAGUCAGAUGAUUCUGCGGAAUUCAACUUGGUGAACAAUGCUUUGCUCAGUAUAUUCAAGAUGGAUGCUAAAGGGACUCUGGGAGGCUUAUUCAGUCAAAUCCUUCAGGGAGAGGACAUUGUGAGAGAGAGAGCCAUCAAGUUCCUCUCUACAAAACUGAAAACCCUGCCGGAGGAAGUGAUGACAAAGGAAGUAGAGGAGUUCAUACUGACUGAAUCAAAGAAGGUGCUGGAAGAUGUGACGGGUGAGGAAUUUGUUCUCUUCAUGAAAAUAUUGUCAGGAUUAAAAAGCUUACAGACAGUAAGUGGGAGGCAGCAACUGGUGGAGCUGGUGGCUGAACAAGCUGACCUGGAACAAACCUUCAAUCCAGCUGACCCAGAUUGUGUGGACAGACUUCUCCAGUGUACUCGGCAGGCAGUGCCUCUCUUCUCUAAAAAUGUUCAUUCCACAAAAUUUGUUACUUACUUCUGUGAGCAUGUCCUGCCGAACCUCAGUUCUUUGACUACUCCAGUGGAGGGUCUUGAUAUCCAGUUAGAGGUUUUGAAGCUUCUUGCUGAAAUGAGUUCAUUUUGUGGUGAUAUGGAAAAGCUUGAAUCAAAUUUGAAGAAGCUGUUUGAUAAAUUGCUGGAGUAUAUGCCCCUUCCUCCAGAGGAGGCAGAGAAUGGGGAGAAUGCUGGCAAUGAAGAGCCCAAGUUGCAGUUCAGUUACGUGGAGUGUUUAUUGUACAGCUUCCAUCAGCUAGGUCGUAAACUUCCAGACUUCCUCACAGCCAAGCUGAAUGCAGAGAAGUUGAAAGACUUUAAGAUCAGGCUACAGUAUUUUGCUCGUGGGCUGCAGGUGUACAUCCGACAGCUCCGUCUGGCACUUCAAGGAAAAACAGGGGAAGCCUUGAAAACAGAGGAGAACAAGAUUAAAGUGGUUGCCUUGAAAAUAACCAAUAACAUAAAUGUUUUAAUCAAGGAUCUCUUCCACAUUCCUCCUUCUUAUAAAAGUACAGUUACACUGUCCUGGAAACCAGUACAGAAGGCAGAUCCAAGUCAAAAAAGAGCAAGUGAAGAUACAACCUCAAGUUCACCCCCAAAGAAAGCUUCAGCAGGACCAAAAAGGGAUGCCAGGCAAAUCUAUAACCCUCCCAGUGGGAAGUACAGCAGUAACCUGGGUAGCUUUUCUUAUGAGCAAAGAGGUGGCUUCCGGGGGGGCCGAGGAAGAGGCUGGGGAGGCCGCGGCAAUCGUAGCCGAGGAAGAAUUUACUGAGCAGAGUGCUAAAGCUUCCAGCCCCCAGGGGCCACAGGGACAGUGCUACUCAGCAAGUAUCCUUGGAGUAGUGUGUCCUUCAAGGACUGCCUUCCACUCAGACUGACUUCAAUGUUCUUUCUACCUUUGUAUGUAUGAUCUACUUUUCUAACGGACUCCGACCUGUCCCUAGUGAAACCACAGCUGUAUUUUUGGAUGCUUGCUGUCAGCAGUUUGGGGUUCUUAUUUUUGAAGUGUCUUCAGGAUUUAUUCAGGAUUUGAAAAGAGCGUAGAUAUUUUAUCAGAAGCUACACCUUGACAGUUUGUAAAUUAACCUAAAGUUCAGCUACCGCAUAACUGAAACUAUAUAAUUGAGUUUAUGUAUGAAGUACCUGGCAGGAAAGGCAUGACAACAGAUUAUCUGUCAGAUAAGCAUAGCAGCUGAAAUAAUCCUUUCCUCAUCUGUAACCAUGGUUUGCAAUAUGUGGAGAAGAGUACCAUUGUUCAAUUUGCUUUGAUUUACUUUGUAAAAUUUAUUUGAAUGAGAUAAAUACUGGAUUUUUUUUUUUUAAGUAUGCAACAUGGAUGGAGUUGGUUUGGUUUUUUGGGUUUUUUUUGUUUUUGCUUGUAGCAUGAAGCAGUCCUUUUGCUUAGGUAUGUGGAGAAUGUGGUGUUUCUUGGUUUGCACAUCUUUCUCUUCUCUGUAAAUUGUAUUGCAGAAGUGAUGUUUUGCAAAUUAGUUUUUAAUGUUAAAUAUGAAUAUGUGCAUAUAGUUAUGCUGUGGAAUUUCAGUAAAUGAACAGGAAAAACAAUAAAUGUCUGGAAUUAUUCCAGGAAUGGGUAAAGACUGAUGCAGUGAUUAGGCUUCAUAGGCUGGAGCUGGACCAUAGCAGUACCUGCCUCUUCCCUGUGUUUUGCAGAUUUCUGGAUUAGUUGGCACUUGAGGGUUCGUUGGUUUGGUUUGGUUUUUUUCUUUUUUUUUUGGGGGGGGUGUGUUUUUUACCAAUACAGUUGCAUUUAAAAGUAUAUAAAUAAAAUUGUAUUUUAGGUAACGUUGAAAAAUUCCAGCUAAAUUCAGGUGGAAGAGGUAACAAUUCCAUGCUAUUUUUUUUCAUAGCAACUAACUUGGUAUUCUUAUUUACUGGUUUACACCCAGAAAAUACAAUGUAAGAGCACAAUGCUUCAUUUUCUUUUUUUUUCUUUUUUUUUACUCUCACCACUCAAAAUUUUUACUCCUCGGGCCAUUCAACAUUGUAAAGGAAUUAGCAGAUAGUAAAAAGAAGUUAGGACAAAGGAAAUGAAUUUUAAUAAAUGUUCCAGGCAGUGUUGAUGUAAAAUAGCUUAGGCUUUAGGAGAAUGAAGAUAAUUUCUUACUCUUUUUUUUUUUUUUUUUUUUUAUGUCCAGCCAUUCACUCUCCACAGACACAUGCCUGAAAGUGAUGUUUCCCCACCCAGUUCCAUUUGUGUUUGCUUGUGUAUCUGGCUCAGUUGUCUUCAUUAACACUCUUGGUUAUUUCUUACUGCAAGGCCAGUAUACUCAAACUGUCCAAAAUUAGAAGUUUCUCUUUGCUUAACUAUGGAGCAGGAGGCAGCAAACUUUGGACAUUCCACAACGUGUGAGCUGACUUUGUAUUUCUGAUCACAUGCCACCUGCUGAACUCAGAUUUGUUACUAAAACCAACAAACUUGGCAAACAGGUUCAAAACAAAAUUGGUGAGAGCAAAAUGUCACUGAAAAUCAGCACUAGAUGGGUAACGAGCUUCCAUUGGGGUGAAAAAAAUAAAAAAAAGACACUUUGCACUUGCAGCUAUAAUGUUUGGUUUUAGGAGAUUUUAAAAACAUAAUCUCAAAGAUUAAACAUAGCUUGUACUUAGACUAAUAACUAAGUAUUAGCAGCUUAUUUUCUCAGUGAUUUUUGAGUGAGUUUUACAGGGCUCCUGUUUUUCCAAGGUGAUGUGCAAAGUCCUUGUGGGCUCAGAAGGAGCUGGAUUAUCUUUUUCCCCAGUUUCCUAAUUAAUUUUAAUGCAGUGAGUUGUUGUGGAGACACCUGUUCACCAUCUUGUUGAUCUGUAAAUGUUCCCUUAUGCUCUUGGAAUAAAUUCAUUUUGAAAUUUU